CGGGCGGAGCGAGUGCGCAGUCGGGGAUGUGCGGUAACGCCGGCCGAAGUCGCGGUCGGUCGGCGGGGCGUCCGACUUGGUGUCCUCAGUGAUGGCUCAUGAAGCGAUGGACUAUGAUCUUCAGGUACCUUUAGAGGGUACUAUAGAACAAGCUACUCCAACUGAAGUUGUCAGCCAUGGGGCACCUCUCCAGCCUGCCCCUGCUGAACUGGCCCAUAGCCAAGGUGGAGCACAUGUCCAGCCUGCCCCUGCUGAACUGGUCAGCAGCCAAGGCGGACUGCCCACUCUACAGCCUGUGCCACCAGCAUCCAUUGACUUGACGGAGGAAGUACAGCCCUCGGAAGAAAAUAUGGAGGUUGUCAAUCCUGGAACUUCAGAGGAGCCUCGUCAGGGAUCGGGUGCUAACCGCACCGCUGGAGAUGCUAGAUCCGUUUCAAUGAACAACUUCAUCAGUGGGCUGCAGAGGCUCCAUAACAUGCUGGAAAUGUUGAGACCUCCACCUGCAGACCACAGUGUGGGGCCGAUAAGAACAAGGAGAAGAACGGGACCCAUUCUGAGGGCCAGAGCUGGAGGGUCUCAGUCUCAGAGGCAAGACAAUGGCAGGUAUGUGUCACGUACACCACUGUAUGCCUACUUUCAGGUAAGCAGGUCUCAGCCUUACCCACUACCCGCUGCUCACGAUUCAGAGACCAGGAAUCCACCGUCAGGUACUGACUCUGACAGUGACGACUCUGCAGAAGAUGAGGAGGUUGUUGCCCAGGCAGAAGAACCUGAAGCCAACAUUCCAGAACAAGGAGUUAUCUCAACAGACCAAGAAGCUACAUCUGUCACAGGAGAUGAUGCAGGCCCUAAAGAGUCUCCCCAGAAGCCCAGCAUUCUAUCUCCUGUGGAAGAUGAGGAAGGUGAAACUUGCACAAUAUGUUUGGAACAGUGGACCAAUGCUGGGGACCACCGGCUCUCAGCGCUACGGUGUGGGCACCUCUUUGGGUUUAGAUGCAUUUCUAAAUGGCUCAAAGGACAAACCCGAAAAUGUCCUCAGUGCAACAAGAAAGCCAAGCACAGUGACAUCGUUGUCCUUUAUGCCCGAUCCCUGCGAGCUUUGGACACUAGUGAACAGGAGCGCAUGAAGAGUGACUUACAGAAUGAGCAAAUGCUCAGGAAGCAGGCCGAGUUAGAAUCUGCCCAGUGCCGGCUCCAGCUUCAGGUCCUUAUUGAUAAAUGCACUAAACUCAGUAGCCGUGUCCAGGACUUGGAAAAGUUUGUUGUGCGGCAUCAGAACUCAGCUGUGCAGCAGUCCAGUGGCUCGAAAGGACUUUGCGGGAGGUGCCUAUCCUCCAGCCAGAGCCCAGGCAAAUACAGCUCAGAAAAGACCUUCACCAUAUCUCAGACAGGAAAAUGCCGAAUCCUGGCCUAUUGUGCUGGUCUGAGCUGCCUGGUGGCCUCCCAGCCCUCCCCUCAGGCCUCCUUUCUUCCAGGAUUUGGUGUUAAGAUGUUGAGUACUGCCAACAUGAAGAGCAGUCAGUAUAUUCCUAUGCACAGCAAGGAGAUUCGUGGAUUAUCUUUCAGCAGUCAGUCCAAAGGCUUGCUCCUGUCUGCCUCCCUUGACUGCACUAUUAAACUGACAAGCCUAGAAACAAAUACGGUGGUGCAGACUUACAACACUGGGCGUCCUGUCUGGAGCUGCUGCUGGUGUCUGGAUGAAAACAAUUAUGUCUAUGCUGGACUGGCCAGUGGUUCAAUUCUGAUCUAUGACUUACGGAACACAAACACCUAUAUUCAGGAAUUAGUUCCUCAGAAAGCCAGAUGCCCUCUGGUAUCCCUGUCAUAUUUACCCAGAGCUGCAGUGGCUGCAUUUCCUUAUGGUGGGGUGCUGGCUGGAACCUUGGAGAAUGCCUCCUUCUGGGAGCUAAAAACAGACUUUUGUCAUAAGCCUCAUGUGCUGUCCUUGGAGCCAGGGGGCUUUGUAGACUUUCAGACAGAGAGCAGCACCCGACACUGUCUUGUGACUUACAGACCUGAUAAAAGCCAUAACACCGUACGAACUGUGCUAUUGGAGAUGUCUUAUAAACUGGAUGAUGCUGGAGAGCCGGUCUGUUCCUGCCUUCCUGUGCAAACAUUCCUUGGGGGACCCACUUGCAAGCUGUUGACCAAAAGUGCCAUCUUCCAAAGCCCAGAGAGUAAUGGCGAUGUCCUAGUCUGUACUGGGGAUGAAGCAUCACAGUCCACGCUGUUGUGGAAUGCUGGCAGUGGCUUGUUGCUGCAGAACCUGAAGACUGAUGAGCCUGUCCUGGACAUCUGCCCAUUUGAAACGAAUCAGAACAGCUAUCUGGCCACCUUAACGGAGAAGACUGUCCAUAUGUACAAGUGGGAGUGAGCGUGGCCUUGAGUCUUGCAGACACGCUGCUGCUAGUUAACGUUGCAUUGAUUUAGCACCUAGUAAUCCUGAGCAAAGAAACCUGUUUACAUGCUGGAAUUGGAGCGUCUGGAUCAUGGUUCAUUGGAUUAGUGUGGUCGUGUAUCACUGAGACACCAGGAUUGUGUGUGCGGUUGGCACCAAAUGAGUUCCCUUGGGAAUCUUACCUGGAAAUUUCUUGACUUAAAUUCUAUAGGAUCUUACAGUCCCUCUCAACUGCUGUAUAGGAUAUGAGUAUGCACCAAGCCUUUUGGGGUUGUGAUAACCAACCAACCUAAAUUGUGUUGUCAGGUAGGCUAAUUGGCUUAAAAGUGGUACACGAAAGGUCUGCCUUGCUUCUUAGAUGCAAAAGAUACACGAGAGAGUCUUCCACUAAGCAUAAAGGGCACCAUUAAUAUCUUGUGUAGAAUUUGACCUAUUUCCAAGUCUGAAUGCUCAUAACCUUUCAGUGACUUGAUUUCGCCUAUACCCCUGCACCACUGUCUGCCCCCAGUGUCUGGUACUUCUGUGUGGUACGCUUUGUGGCAACAAGUUACAUCCCAGGUAUCCAUGCCUACUAGAAUGUUGGUAAGUCCGAUGAUGGAAGUGGCUGACUAGCUAGCCAUAUGAAAGGCAUAGCUUUAAGCUCUGUGCAGUGAGUUCAUUGCAGUGUGAGCGGGGAGGAAAGGGGAGAGGUGUUUGGGCAGUUGUUAAAGACUUGGAUUUUUCUAGUUAGCUUGAGAUACUCGGGGGCUUUUACUCCCCUUCACCCCCCAAAGUCAGUGCUGAAGUAUAGAUAAUUCCCAAGUAAAGACACCCCCCCCCCCGUUCUACUUUUUUCUGAAAAUGAAGUGGUUAUUCUCAGGAAGGUAAUAGUGGCUACAGACCUGUGGAUGACAAAAAGGAAGACACGCAGAAAUUUCCAUUCUGGUGGUCCCGACUUUAGAGGUAUGCUCAGGUUAUAUUCGUCUACUUUGCCUUAGGUUACUCCACUAAGCCACUGCCCCUAAGACACCUUGUCUCAAGGUAUAGGCGACAUGUCUGAUUCUCUCAGAUGUUCUUUGAUGAAGCACUAUCUUUUUUAAUAAAAGUUCUUUCAUGGGCUGGAGAGAUGACUCAGCGGUUGAGAGCGCCAGCUGCUCU